UCAUUUUUUGUCAUGCGCGCUCGGGGAUGCUACGAUAUUUCGUGCUCGUGAGUGUUUUUUGAUACAAAGUGAAUUCAAAACUUCGUGAAACGUGUAAAACUUGUGUUGCUCUGUUAAUACUAGUGUUGACUUGAGAGUGGUGUGUGUUUCUGUGUAAAAUACAUUCAAAAUGAAUAAAACUUGCGCGAGGUGUGAGAAAACAGUUUACCCGACUGAGGAGUUGAAAUGUUUGGACAAGGCGUGGCACAAAGGCUGUUUCAAAUGCCAGGAAUGCGGGAUGACACUCAACAUGAGGACGUACAAAGGAUAUGGGAAACUGCCAUACUGCGAGUCACACGUCCCGAAGGCGAAGCACACGACGAUGGCAGAAACCCCCGAACUGAAGCGGAUAGCAGAGAACACCAAGCUGCAGAGCAACGUCAAGUACCACGCGGACUUUGAGAAGAGCAAGGGGAAAUUUACACAGGUGGCAGAUGACCCCGAGACCCUCCGGAUCAAGGCGAACACCAAGAUCAUCAGCAACGUGGCGUACCACGGGGACCUGGAGAAGAAGGCUCAGAUGGAGAAGCAGAGGCAGAUAAACGAGAACGGAGAACUAGUCGACGUGCCCUCCGACAACUACCACCAGCAGCUCGAGAACUAUGCCAACGAGAUGCUACCAGUCCCGCCGCCCCAGAAACAACCCCAAGUCUACCAACCACCCCCGGCGUACCAGAACCAGAAUCAGAAUCAGUCCUACCAGAAUCAGAAUCAGCAAUAUCAGAAUCAGAGCUACCAGACUAACCAGAGUAAUCAUCAGCCGGUGUAUAAUCAAAAUCAAUACCGACCGCAGCCGAAACAAUACGAAGACUACCAGCAGAAGUACGACGAUUACCAAAACCAAUUCGCCUACGGACAGUAUCAACAACCGGGGGCUAAUUAUGGAGUUGGUAGCCAGCAGAAGAUCGGUAGGAUUCAGGACUACGAUCCGCUGGUGGACGGCCCGCGGGCGCCGCCCAAUACUCAGCGGGCGUCGGCCACGCUCAUCUAUAACAGCACCAGUGACGGGAAGAGAGGGUCCCACCACCAUCAGCAGCAGCAGCAGCAGGCGCAGAGCACGCGGCAGAUCGGUCGCGUGGCCGACCUGGACCCGCUGAGCUCCGAGCGCGCCGCCUACGCCGGCCCCGACCAGAACUACAUGCAGGUCAUGUCCAACAAGCACGAGCCCGAUGUACAGAAAGUAUACAUCGCGAUGUACGACUACGAGGCGAACGACAGCGACGAGGUGUCGUUCCGCGAGGGCGACCUCAUCUCCAACGUGACCGCCAUCGACGAGGGCUGGAUGACCGGCCAGGUGCUCCGCACCGGCCGCACCGGCAUGCUGCCCGCCAACUAUGUAGAACGCGCUCCACAAGGCACCUACAAACACUAAACUUCGCCUACUGUAGUAAUACACCCUUUUUUAUAAUUAACUAGCGACCCGCCCCGGCUUCGCACGGGUUAACAAAUUAUACACCUAAACCUUCCUCAAGAAUCACUCUAUUGAUAGGUGAAAACCGCAUGAGAAUCCGUUCAGUAGUUUUUGAGUUUAUCGCGAACAUACAAACACAAACCGACAGACGCGGCGGGGGACUUUUGCUGCCAACUAUACUCUGGCAAAUCCACUUCGUCAGUAGAAAAAGGGCGAAAUUGAGAUUUUGUAUGGAAACGACUUUUUCCACUGACGGGAAGGGUUUCUCAAAUUAUACGUCGAACGAGGUCCGCUAACCCUAACAUUCAAUAAACUAUCAAAUAUCAACAUUUAUUUAUAUAUACGCUCCUAUUGCCAAACAUUGCAAUUGUAUAGGUUGUAACAACAUUUUAUAUGUAAAAUACAUAUCGUUGUACUUCUUAGUAAGCGUUUAAAAUGUACAGUCAGCUAUCCAAUUAUUUUAUAUAAUUAUAUGCGUACAUGAAAGAUAACAUUGAAGGACUCUGCAUGUUACAAUGUUGAUAAACGUCUUUGAAAAUAUGUUUUUUCCUUGACUGUACAUUUAUUUUAGAAAAAUACCUACUUAUUUAUACUGACGACUACUUUUUUUUAGAUUCUCUCUAGACUUAAUUGUAUUUAACUCAUUAAAUUGUAAAAGAAACAUUCUUUUUGGAAAAUACAUUUUAGGCUAAAAUUGGAUUUGUCUCGAAAUUGUCUCAACUUAGAUCAAAGUAUAAACGGGCUUUAAAUACGUCAUUCCAAUUUAUAUAAUAUUUUUAUAUGCACAUACUAUACUGACUUAACCCUUGGAGCGCCCUAGUAUCACACGUGUGAUACCAACUCAAUUUGGGUUGUGGCGACUCAGUAUCAGACGUGCGCACGUGCGUUACUACAGAUCAAUAUGGGUCAAAUUGCUUUGCAUCAAUUUGUUGUAUGAUGGGCGUUAGAUGGGUUAAGUAGAUGUACUCAUCCUUGUCUUAUCAUGUAAAAUUGUAAACAAACCUGACGUCAAAGUGUCAUUCCAACAAUACGAUUCAUAGACAAUCUAGACAUCUUAAUGUCAGAUGUUUUGAGGUGAUCCGUUCGUUACUGAGAUUAUCGAUGAACAUCUUAUUAGAAAUGAUAUUUUUCAGUGGUUAUUUGGUUGAUUUCAAUACUUUGUGAGUUUCUUUAAGUAUACAACAACAUUUUUAAGUGAUGAUUAUUGUGUAAUUCCAGAGAAAAGUGUGAUAAUGUCUUUGAGAAGUGUUUGUUUACAUGAUAGGUACAAGGUGGGUAUAAGUAAGGAUGAAUACACUUUAUAUAUCGAUUGUUUUAACUACACAUAAUGCCUGUAAAUAUUAAAGAUGUUUGAAUAUACAUACUAAAAUAUUUUAAAUGCAAACUUAUAAGCAAUUUAGCUUCUAAGCUGUUUUAAUAAUUACAUGAACAUACAUCUAUGGUGUAUAAAUCCAUAUUUAAUAUUUAAAUAACUGAUAGACGUAUCAAUUGCAAAUUUUAAAUAAUUUUAAGUCUUAGUGACUUGAGAUUCUUAAAAUAUACUGUUUUAACAUCUAUAUUUUUCUAUUCAAUAUCAUAAAACCUCAUUGCACCUACGCUUAACAAAAAUGUAUGCAGAUUUCUCACAGCGUUAACCUUUUGGACGUCAAUGACCGAUAUAUCCGCACCGCACGUCCAACGCCAAAGACGGAUUAAUCGGUCACAGACCACAGAGCAACAUAGACGUGCAUAUGCAUAAAGUUCAAUUUCAGUUUUGACACUUCAGUGACGGGGCGUCCGAGUGACAGCUUUAGUGUUUGAUACGGCGUCGAAAAGGUUAAUUAUGUAUUAUAAUUAUUAAAAAUAUAAGAAUUGUUGUCAUUAUAAUGAAAUUCUGUAUAUUAAUGCAUUUUCAAAAUAUAUCGCACUGAUUUUUUAACAUUCUGAUUUAACAUUCCGUGUUUUUUUAAUUUCUUAUUUAUGUUGGCUGUUAACUUUCUCGUAUUUUACAUUAUUGUCCAUAAUUAUUUUCAAUAAGUAGUACAGAUGUAGUGCAUAAUUGUUUUCCAUCGUAUUUUCUCGGAAACGUUCGUAUUUGUCAUGCUACUUCAGUCAACCUCAGUACUUUUAGUACCGAGACUGACUGAAAUAGCAACACACGUUCGUACGUUUCCGUGAAAAUAUGAUGGAAAAUAAUUAUGCAUUACAUAUGUAAUAAUAAGCUGGUCUUACUAAAAUAUUAGAUACUUAUAAAUAACCAAUGUAUUUAUGCAAUUUUCUGUUCAAGCGAGAAAAUUAGAUUGUACGUUUUUUUUUUAUAUCAAGUAGUUAUAUUUAAACAUUAUUGACCAGUUUUAGAACUUCAAAAUAAAUUGAUUUUGUUAAAUUAGAUGAACUUGACCAUUUCUAAUUAAGUUUUUAUUCGCUAGAACAAUAUAAUAAAUGUAAUAUGCCAAUAGCUUUUAUUUUUAAUUAAGGAGGUACCUAGGUCACUGUCAAAGUGCAGUUAGCUUAAGUUAAUAUUUUAUUUAUUAUCUUUUUUAACCAAAACCACGAUGAUAAUUUAUAAUAAUAUGUAUAGAUCAGGACUAGUAUCAAGUUUCUUACAAAAUUAGGACUUAGGCACACCGGGUUCUUAAAACGCGCGUUGUGCGUUAAAAAAAGCGGUGUGCGUAUGCCCUUACGUUUGUUUUAGUUGUUGACAAAGAUUGAUUGAUUGUAACAAAUUGUAACAUGUGUAAAGUCUAAGACAUAUUCGUACUUCGAUUUUGACAGUUGUUGUAGAUGGCGCUGUACGCUGUUAAAGCACGUUAUUGCUUAGACCAUAGAGAAAUAUAGUAAGACAAGAGUGCUCACUCCAUACAUCAGUUUUGGUACCAAAAAGAGUAAUAUUUUCAUAGUCGACCGGAAAGUCUUACGUUGUUGAGCAUUAGACUUUCCGGUCGGUGCUACAUCUAUUGUCACAUGACAGUACUGCUACUGCUACUUAGCAGUACUGAUAAUUCCGCUACUCGAUGCUAGAUGUCGACUAUGAUGUCGACUUGUCAAAAUCGAAGUACGAAUAUGGAGUGAGCAAUCUAUGUAUUUUUUUCCUUAUGCUUAGACUUAUCUUCUCUACAGUCAAAAAAUCUUUAGUUGUUUAUUACUGCUCUAGUAUUGAUGAAUAUUUCCUACAUAUUCAUAUAAGGUAAACGUCCGUAUGCUCGUCAAUGGCCCAUUAGCAUGUCUAGCACUAAAGCUCUUACCUUAACUUCGAUCAUUAAAGUAUACCUCAUAAUGAAUCUAUUAUGUCCGCGUUUUUAAUCCAUUGACCGUCAAAGACGUCUACCCUCCUAAGGCCCAGCCAUACAAAUGCAAAACCCAAAAUAUGCCAAUGAAAUUUGAACCUAUAGUGCAGGAAAUAGGGCUGAUUUUUAUUUGUUUGAAUAUUUAACGUAACAAAUGAAAUGCAACUCUGUUCCAAUUGAAUAUGGUUUAAAUUUCAUCGAACUGAGUGGUACUAUAGGUAGGACCGUGAGCCUUAGGAGGCAACUAACGCGCGCGGCUACACUGGCUACAGCCCAAUAUCAACCUUCGUGCAUUCCCACAAGGUUGACAAUGAAAGGAUUCUAGUUUUGUAUUUGUAUACAUAGUGUUAUGUAUUGUUAUUGUAUUGUAUAAACGCCGGCGACAUCACAACGCUCCGGGCAGUAUUAACGUUUCGUCCAAUGUUACAGUGCCUUUGGAAUAUUAUAUUUUUAAA